ACAAACGGACCCAACCCGUCCCGUCGUGUUGCCGAACAGCGCCGCCGCUGCACCGCCCUCUCUCCACUCUCCGCAUCCUCUCCUGUCCGUCGGUGUGAUUCGAGCUCGCUGCUAGGGUUCUCCAUCUCGCUCCAUCCCCUUCCCCUUCCAUGGCGGACGAAACCAACCGGGCGGCUUUCGUGGAGCUGCAGGCCCGGAUGAUCGAGACCACCGGGAAGAUCAAGCAGCUACAAAUCCAGAUGCGUACUAAAGAGAGUGAAAAGAAACGUGCUUACCUCACACUGGAGGAACUUCGCCAAUUGCCAGAAGAUACAAACACCUACAAGACCAUCGGUAAGAAACAUUUCUUGUUUAUUUUGGAGCCAAGAUCACUUCUGGCGAAUGAGCAAGAGCAAAAGCUAAACGACAGCGAGACUGCAAUAUCGUCGAUGCAGACUUCCAAGGAAUAUCUUGAGAAGCAGUUGGGAGAAUUGGAGAACAACAUUAGAGAGCUACUUCAGCAGGACCCUGUGCUAGCACGCCAAAUUCUCUCGAUCUGAAUGGCUGUUCUUUCUGAAUGUAUUUCUAGAUCUGAUGUGAUGUCACUCAACAUGAACAGCUCUUGAGAUGAGCUUUAAUAUAAUUGGAUCUAUGUGUGCCUAAAGAUACACACUUACCAUCCUGCAUUAUACUGUGAAAAUUAUGAAUUCUUGCGUGUGAACAAUCCUUGCUUUAAGUCGUACCAUAUUGAAUUGCA